GGGCUUUACGAGCAAACAGUCAAGCCUGACGACUUUGUGAAAGACGCAGAUCAAGGUCUGAUCACACAUGCACAUCCACUGUUUCCAUCGAAACAAGUCUUAGGGUGAAAUAUUACAGAUUCAUCUAAAUCCAAUUUUAUCUUUAGGCCAAUAAAACUCCGUAACACACAUGAGUAUAAUAUCAUUUGUGGAGCAUUUUAACUAAGUUUGUGAAAUAUUCACAUAGGUCAAAAUCAACAUUUCUUGCCUUUUCACUUGCUCCCAGCAGAGGGCGCUGUUUACAUGAC